AGUCAGCAGCAGGGAUGGACCUGGUGGCUGGGACCCAGCGGGGAGAUGGACAUGGCUCUGCCCAGCCUGGGGCCAGGGGUGCCUAGGCAGUGCCUGGGGUGACCGGUGUCCACCCCUCCAUCCAUCCAUCCAUUCAUCCAUCCAUCCCUCCUCCAUCCCUCCCUGCAUCCCUCCAUCCAUCCCCCGCCUGCAGGGGAUGGGGAAGCCGACGCCUGCUGGGGACUGCAGUGGGUAGCACAUCCCAGGCGCCAGGGCUGGGCUGGGCGGCUGCAGUAACCUGGCAGCUUCUGGCUCCCGUGGGCACGUGAAGCCGGGACUUGGGUGGCUUUGUCUGCCGGGGAGAAGGGGAGGGCGUCGCGGAUGCCCCAGCCUCUGGGAGUCCAGGCAGCAGGAGCUGCAGAGCCGGGGACCCCGUAAGGGAGGGACAGGACCCGGCGUGGAGCCCCCUGUCAAGCACGGCACCAUGGCUGAGAAGGGCCUGGACCCCGCGUGCGUCUCCAUCGCCCUGGAGGACACGGUGUGCCACACUGGCGCCCAGGAUGCCCCGCUCCUUACCACCCACCUGAAGAAGGUGGAGAACCACAUCACGGAGGCCCAGCGCUUCUCGCACCUGCCCAAACGCUCGGCCGUGGACAUCGAGUUCAUCGACCUGUCCUACUCCGUCCGCGAGGGCUCCUGGUGGAAGAAGAGAGGAUACAAGACGCUGUUGAAAUGCCUAAGUGGGAAGUUUUGCAGGCGUGAACUCAUCGGGAUCAUGGGUCCCUCGGGCGCCGGGAAGUCCACGCUCAUGAAUAUCCUGGCUGGGUACAGGGAGACAGGGAUGAAGGGGCAGAUCCUGGUGAACGGGCGGCCGCGGGACCUGCGCACCUUCCGCAAGAUGUCCUGCUACAUCAUGCAGGACGACAUGCUGCUGCCCCACCUCACCGUGCUGGAGGCCAUGAUGGUCUCUGCUAACCUGAAGCUGAGCGAGAAGCAAGAGGUGAAGAAGGAGCUGGUGAACGAGAUCCUGACAGCGCUGGGGCUGCUGGAGUGCUCCUACACCCGCACCAUGUCGCUGUCCGGGGGCCAGUGCAAGCGCCUCGCCAUUGCCCUCGAGCUCGUAAACAACCCCCCGGUCAUGUUCUUCGAUGAGCCCACCAGCGGCCUGGACAGCGCCUCCUGCUUCCAGGUGGUCUCCCUCAUGCGGUCCCUGGCCCAGGGCGGCCGCACCAUCAUCUGCACCAUCCACCAGCCCAGCGCCAAGCUCUUUGAGAUGUUUGACAAGCUCUACAUCCUGAGCCAGGGCCAGUGCAUCUUCAAGGGGGUGGUGACCAACCUCAUCCCAUACCUGAAGGGGCUGGGCCUGUACUGUCCCACCUACCACAACCCUGCCGACUUCAUUAUUGAGGUGGCCUCGGGCGAGUACGGAGACCUCAACCCCGUCCUGUUCCGCGCCGUCCAGAAUGGGAUGUGCACCAUGGUCGAGAAGAAGAGCAGCCCCGACAAGAACGAUCCCUCGUGCCCGGCCCACUGCCUGACGGACGUGGAUCACAUCGAGAGCCACACGUUCGCCACCAGCACCACGACCCAGUUCUGCAUCCUCUUCAAGCGAACCUUCAUGUGCAUCCUGAGAGACACCGUCCUGACGCACCUGCGCUUCAUGUCGCACGUCUGCAUUGGGGUGCUCAUCGGGCUGCUCUACCUGCACAUCGGCAACGAUGCCAGCAAGGUCUUCAACAACACCGGCUUCCUCUUCUUCUCCAUGCUCUUCCUCAUGUUUGCUGCGCUGAUGCCCACCGUCCUCACCUUCCCCCUGGAGAUGUCCGUGUUCCUGAGAGAGCACCUCAACUACUGGUACAGCCUGAAGGCCUAUUACCUGGCCAAAACCAUGGCGGAUGUGCCCUUCCAGGUGAUUUGCCCCAUCACCUACUGCAGCAUCGUGUACUGGAUGACGGGCCAGCCCCCCGAGGCCACGCGCUUCCUCCUCUUCUCUGCCCUGGCCACCUCCACCGCCCUGGUGGCCCAGUCCCUGGGGCUCCUCAUUGGAGCUGCCUCCACCUCCUUGCAGGUGGCCACAUUCGUGGGGCCGGUCACUGCCAUCCCCGUCCUGCUCUUCUCAGGCUUCUUCGUCAGCUUCAAGACCAUCCCCACGUACCUGCAGUGGAGCUCCUACGUCUCCUACGUCAGGUAUGGCUUUGAGGGCGUCAUCCUCACCAUUUAUGCCAUGGGGCGUGAGGAUCUGGAGUGCCAGGAGGAUUUCUGCCCCUUCAAGGAACCCGCCCGCAUCCUGCAGGAGCUGGAUGUCGAGGAGGCCAAGCUCUACCUGGACUUCAUUGUCCUGGGCAUCUUCUUCCUUGUCCUGCGGCUCCUGGCGUACUUGGUGCUCCGCUACAAGGUGAAGUCGGAGAGAUAAAGGGUCCCUGGGCCGGACGCCUUCCCUAGACCGGAGCUGCCGCGGCACGGACAAUCCCGCUGGACAUGGUCCCUGCGGUUGGGCUGGUGCCGCCCGGCCCGGCACAGUCGAGAAGGAUUUUGCAACGUCUCGGAACUGUUUUAACCUUUCCACGCGCCUCAUCGCCGAAGUUUUGUACAGAUCUGGAAUGCGUCAUGCCCCUCCCCUGCCCCCCGGCCAUGGAUUUGGGAUCCCUUCCUCACGCCGGCCCUCUCUCUCCACCCACCACCUUAGGACCCCAGGACUGGACCCACAGGAGCCAGCUAUGUUCAAAGCCUGAUGAGAGCAAGAGAACAGAUCCCCAAAGCUUUGCUGCUGGAGGGAGGGGGUUGUGCAUCUGUGAACCCCCCUGGAGGGGGCCGUGGUGGCCAGGCCGCCCCCCACGAAGCACAGUUUUGUAGUGCAGUGUGUCGUGCCGUCGUUGACCUGCCUGCUUGUCGCUGUCCAGCCGCAUGUGUGCCUGUGUGCUGAAGAAGAUGGACAACCCUGCAGACUCCGUUGCCCAAGGCUUUUGUGAUUGCUGUUAGCGUAGCACCAAGACGCUGCCCCCCCCCCCCCCCCCAUCUGUUUGGUUUUGUAAAAGUCCCUUUUUUCUUAAGAAAAACCUGAAACCAAAUGAAACCCCAGCAUCCCGUCAUACGGGGGGCUAGGCAGAAGAAGGCUUGGGGGUCCCUUCCCUUGGCCGGCUUGGAAAAGGGCAGUGGGAAGGAUGCUCCUGGGUCAGGACUCCCAGCUGCGGCAUUGGCAGGAUCUGACGGGAGCAGAACCGUUUCAGGGCUACGAUUUGGGGAGGGGUCGGGGGGGAGGGGUUGUCUCCCCCCUGCUCCCUGCUGGGGCUGCACGUCCCCACUGGGCUGUGACUGGAGAGAGUGGAGCUGACCAGCACCGCGGUGGAACGGACCGGCUGCCCCCUGCAAAAGCAAGCACGUCGCAAUGAACGUUGCAGGGAUCGGGCGCCGCUGUGCUAGUGCCAGGGGACUGCCAAGGGGCUGCAUCACUGCUGCUUCACACCAGCGCGAGAUGAGAAUCAGCCCUCACCCGUGAGAAGAGCGUCUGGGCCGGAUUCCCCCCGGCCCCAGCACUUCACACCCCUGCUUGCUCCUGUGCCCCCCGGCCAGCCCCCAGCUGGGACACGCAGGUGUGGUCCCGUCCCCACCAGGGCCGUGAUGCUGAAUCAGCUGGUCAGGAGUAGGUCCUGGUGCUUCGGACUCAGGAUGGGACCCAGACUGGAGAUGCUGCUGCGGAAACCUUGGAGCAGGGGGAGCUCAGGGGGCAGGAGAAACGAUUGCUUUGGUGGAGGUUUCCCGGUGCCCCGAGCUUGCCGUGUGAAGGCCAUGUCUGGUACAGAGCAUCUUUGAGCUGCUCAGAGCACGUCAACCUCUGGUGAUGGAGCCCUCGCUCUGCUGAGAGCUGGUCUCAUCCUGCCCACUGAGCAGGGCCUGCUGUGGUCAGUGUUUGCAUAGGAGACCAUGGCAUGGCCGGGGGUGGGGGGUAGCCCAUGGCUUCCUGUUUCAGUGCAGCCAAAGAGUUGUCUUUCAGAUGAAUGUUGAAGCUGAAGCCCUGUGGCUUGAUAGCCAGGGUGUCGGGGUUGGGACCGUGGCCUGAUUCCAGCUCAGGUGGCCCCAUUCUGCCAUGCUGUAAUCCCUGCUGGCUUGCCAGGAGGCAGGGGCCCUGUGCCAGUUGGCUAGUAUGCUGAGGCCCUUGUUUUAACCAUGCAAGACCUGGGCAGUCAGGAAAGCACCGCAGGUCCAGGGCUCAGGGGGGUUGAGUGGGACGAGGGCCACGGGACGGGGUUGGGGGGCACCUGGGCAGAGCUGUCGUAUGUGCCCGCAGAGCCGUUCCCUCUGGCCUGCCCGGCCCCUGGUGGGCCAGGGCAUUUGGGUGCGUGGCCUGGUGCAGGAUCCGGGGCUAUGGGACCCUGCUGGUUGGUGGUGGCAGGGUGCAAGCGAGGGCUGUGCUAACACUUGCCUCAGGCCACUUGGCCCACGGCCACUUCCCUUCUGCUUCCAUCACUGGCCCCGUCUCUGCCACCACCAGGUGCGGAUCCAGCUCUAGAUCCAGCCCAAACCAUGGGGUGAGUUUGAGCCCCCUGGACAUGAGGAAUAGCUGCUAAGAGCCAUCUCAUGGCCUCCAAGGGAUUUGUGCUGCCCAAGAGGAGCCAACAUGGCCUGGGGUCCCAUGAGACUGGCCCAUGCCCCCCUACCCUGCUUUACUCUGCAGCAUUGGUUCUGGUCCCAGCUCCCUGGCUGCCGUAUGGGCCACGCUGCUCUUUGCGGAUCACAAUCCCAGCACUCAAAUGCAAGUAACGGAGCAUGUUUGCACUGAGCCUGAGUUACGGCUCAAGGAGCCUGGCAGAGCUGCCCUGCCCCUGGGCCCAUGGACCAGGCCACAGUGCCCUUGGGUCCUCCGGGUGCCUGGCUCUACUCCUGGCGGCUGGGGUGCACUGAGUGCAGGGGAGCAUGCUCUCAGGGGAGCUCGCUGCCCUGUGGCACGUGGCUUGUGCCCUUCUGGUGGGGGGUGAGGAGGGGACACACUGCCCAACCUGCUGUCCACAGCAAUAAUGCCAGCUGCCUGCAGCUCGUGGCCUGGCAGGCAGGUGGGUCCUGCCUCUCCUUCCUCAGUUGAGUCCAAAACCUAAGCAACCAAAGCGCUGUGCCCCCACACCACGAGGUCUGACCUGGGGCUCCUGCAGGUGUGGCUAGUGACAGUGGGCCAGCUCCAGCCAUGGCCGGGAGUGUCCUGUGGGGCGCAGAUGUCACGGGUGACUCUUGGGGGGUGAUGCAAAGCUGAGGGUCAGGGAGCAGCAUCUACUCCCUGCCCAAGACAAUCCUGUGCAUCUCCUUUGGUUAUGGAAGAGGAGAGGUGUGGAUCAGGGAGGGUUGGCGCCCGCCAGCCCGCUCCAGCCACCCAGCCCAUCCAUCUCCGCCAGGCACUGCUCUUUCCCCCGCAGCAGCACGCGUGAUCUUCGCUGUGGCUGCAGGGGCAAGAGUGGCCUGUUUUUAAUGGUGUCACCCCUGGGAUGGCUCCUUCUCCCUGCCAGGGCAGGUGUGGCCUCUCCUGUGAGCACCCCUUUCUCCUCCAACCCUGCCGCUACACACACAACCAGGUACCGCCUUGCACGUCCUCCUCCAUGAUGGGAGGGGUCACAAUCAACCCGCUGGUGCUAACGUGGCUCGGUGCAGCCGAAGGGCAGCCGGUUCCACGGAGCGGGCGGCUGGGGCCCCGUGCGGGGCGUACGUGUGUGUGCGCGUGCAUGUGUGUGUGUGUGUCCGUGCCCAGCAUCCCACGAUCAGGCAAUAAGCAAUGUUUCGUUUUCUGCGUGCAGUGUUCGUGGAGGUGGGUCCUUUGGCUUGUUCCCAUGCCCCGUGCCUCCCCCCUUGCUUUCCCAGUGGCCUCCCAGUGUGUGGGUAGGGAAGGGCAGGCGCAGGGAGCGUGUGUGCAUGCAGCACGGGAAGGGACAGGCUAGUGGCUCCCACACUUGGGUCUGUCCACGCUGGCAACCCAUGGCAAGCAACCACAGACAGCAUCAUCCCUGCCCUUCCCUCCUUGAAGUGUGGUGAGAAGGUGCAGGGCAUCUGCAAGGGAGGUGCUGGCAUGGCCUGUUGGCCCCGGGGCUAGAGAAUGAGAGCCGCAGUGCAGGCCCCUGGGCUGGGGCAACAGGCCAAAACCAGUGCAUCAGAUGUGGGCCCUGGCAUUGCCCGGCAGCCUCUCCACUUCCUCGCUGCUGCUGCUGCCAGGUGCCAACAGGGCUUUGCCAGUAGUCAUAUCAGCCUGGGACACAGCGAUGGCUGCUGCAGCCGCCCAGCACAUCACGAAGCCGCAGCCUCAAACUUCAUGGAGAACAACCAGCCAGUGAGUCCCUGCCCACUGGGAGCUUCCCGGGCAGCUGGGCUCUGCUUUGUUGGUGUGUCACUGCGUGUCCAAGGGGCGGUGCCAGGUGAAAGGGUUCUGCUGAAUGCACAUGCAUGUGCACGUGCAUGCGGGUCCCUGGGUUUCCAGACUUCUAGCUGGCUUCCUAGGGGAGAUUUUGCCAGGGGAAGGUUUUUGCCCCAGCCCAGGCCGGAGGGCUGCAGGAGUGGCUGCCCAGGGAGGUAUUUGCAGUUGAUGUCAGUGUUAUUGGGAUGCCAGCUGUGCUCAUCGGGUUUCACACCUCAAUAAAACCUAUAUUUAUACUGUA